CUUCUCUCUCUCGUCUCUCCGCCCCAAAGUCGACGCGUCGCUUGUGUGCGGUCCUCCAAUCGUCGCUGAAUAGCCGCCCGCAUUCGUAAAGAGGGCUGCCUUGGCGCCGGCCGUGUGAUUAUGAACAAGUUCAGGCUGUUCGCGCUGAAGAAGCUACCGCUCCGACAGAGAGUCAAGGCUGCGUCCAAGAAGGGCAAACUUCGCGCCACCUUUUCUUCUUCGCCAGCGAAGAUGCCGCAGCAGAUUCGGAGGGUUGCCAGACGUGUGGGUGUCGUUUUGGGUUUCCGGCCGAAACAGGCGGACGAAACUCUCAUUGUGAUCACGGCUCAGCCCAAGUCCAGCGUCAAGAAGCCGGGGAACGCCAAGAAGAAGGUGCGGUUCGAGGUGCAAUCAGAGCCGUCCUCGAAGAAGAUCAAGCGUAUCCUCCGCAAGGCCUGCCAGUACGUGACUCUCGGCGCCAUGGUCUCGGCGCCGGGCAUCCUGGUACACCCGACGGAACCCAACUUGGCCACGAGCCACCGCUCCUCGUGGUCCUCUUGGACCGAACCCGUGAACUGGUCAAACAGUGGCCACUUGUUCAUCUGAUGUGUCGCCGACGUGCCCGUACAUAGCCCAUGGACCAUAUACGAGGCUAUGGUUUAUAGACCUCGGCAUCGCCAGGACAGGGUGAUUCUGACGCGGGUCUCGAGAUAGUCUGCACAAACCCUUCUGUUCUGCGCGGAGGAGAUGUGACCGAGUAUUAGAGUGAUCACCUAGAAUAAUCGAAGCCUGUGGACAGCUUUCUGUACCUCCAUGAAACGUAAUCAGCACCACGCGGAGCGCAAGUAUACGUCUGCUUCCUGCGCGGUGGUUGCGAUGCUAGCUGCCUUGAGGUCUGCGCACUAUCCCUCCAAAUCGGAGCCAAUCAGAGCACGGCGUUAUGACGUCACCGCAACUCGCUGCACAAGGAGCAGACGAGCUUAAUUCAGGGUGUGGCGAGUCCCGGGCUUCUAUUUAUCGCUUGGCAGUCAAUGAGACAUGGACAUCAGACAAUAAGAAUGCCGAAGAAUAACCAAUCAGGAAGCAAAAAAGCGUGACCAUAAUAAGAGAAUCCCUCCGUUCGUGCACUGAAGCAGCUAGUCGUGUAUCAAUCUGCGUCUGCGCUCGACCUAACUGCGAUGACGUCGAAAUACUAGAGCACCCGGGCUUUGAUUAUUCUAGGCGUUUUCCGUGUACAUUUAGUCGGAACACGUGAUCGUUGAUUUUGUUUUCCAGGAGUUUAAGACUGCCACCUCGAACAGAACAUUUUGAAAGCUUCGGAGUUGCAGUCACUUUCGGCCAUAGUUGCUGUGUUAUCGUUUGUUUUUUUCUUCUUGUUUUUUGAGAAAAUGUAUUAUUUUGAGGUAUUACACCUGUGAUUUUGCGGGCAUUUUGUUAAGAGCCAAUACAAAAGUGAUGUGCUAAUGAAUUAUUUAAAAAAGUAAUAGUCCCUGGUGUAAUGAUGUAUUCCGCAGAAUAUAGAGCUAUUAUACGAGCGAGAGUAACGACCGUUUAAGUGUCUGCGCUUAAAAUCGUAGUUGCCCGUUCUUGAAACUUCGUCGGAAAUCGCAGGUAGCGCUUUUCAGUUUUCCAGAAAUUUUUAGAAUUGUUCGUGACACAGCGAAACGAUAGAGCCCGAGCUUUUUGACUCCAUAUCUGAAGCCGAGGAAGCCGCAUUUCAAAAUUGUAACAAUCGCCAGUCGCGUCAACUUUGCACCGAGCACCAAAAAUGGCGGCGCUCACACGAACAUCGGUGCAUGGAAGGUCUGCACUCUACGCGUAUACCCAUCGGGCAAUGAAGUUUGGUUUGAUGAGUGGCGUC